GGUGAGCCACGUGCGGAACUCUCGUGAGAAACAGGAAAUACCGCGCUUGCGCAGUGCUGUAGCUCCUGGUGGUUGUGGCCGCUUUGCCGGCGACUGUGAAGCGCGGAACUGCUCCUGUGGAGGCCGUUGAGUCCGCCGCAACUCGCCACCAUGAGCAGCACCCUAGCUAAGAUCGCGGAGAUCGAAGCCGAGAUGGCUCGGACUCAGAAGAACAAGGCCACAGCACACCACCUAGGGUUGCUUAAGGCUCGUCUUGCUAAGCUUCGCAGGGAGCUCAUUACUCCAAAAGGUGGUGGUGGUGGAGGACCAGGAGAAGGAUUUGAUGUUGCCAAGACAGGUGAUGCUCGAAUUGGGUUUGUGGGUUUUCCAUCUGUGGGGAAGUCAACACUGCUCAGUAACCUGGCAGGGGUAUACUCGGAGGUCGCAGCCUAUGAGUUCACUACUCUGACCACUGUGCCUGGUGUCAUCAGAUACAAAGGUGCUAAGAUCCAGCUUCUGGAUCUCCCAGGUAUCAUUGAGGGUGCCAAGGAUGGGAAAGGUAGAGGCCGUCAAGUCAUUGCAGUGGCCAGAACGUGUAACUUGAUCUUGAUUGUUCUGGAUGUCCUGAAACCCUUGGGACAUAAGAAGAUAAUUGAAAAUGAGCUGGAAGGCUUUGGCAUUCGCUUGAACAGCAAACCCCCCAACAUUGGCUUUAAGAAGAAGGAUAAAGGAGGCAUUAAUCUCACAGCCACUUGCCCUCAGAGCGAGCUGGAUGCUGAAACUGUGAAGAGCAUUCUGGCUGAGUACAAAAUCCAUAAUGCUGAUGUGACUCUGCGUAGUGAUGCCACAGCAGAUGAUCUCAUUGAUGUGGUGGAAGGAAACAGAGUCUAUAUCCCGUGUAUCUAUGUGUUAAAUAAGAUUGAUCAGAUCUCCAUUGAGGAAUUGGAUAUUAUCUAUAAGGUGCCUCACUGUGUACCCAUCUCUGCCCAUCACCGCUGGAAUUUUGACGACCUGUUGGAAAAGAUCUGGGACUAUCUGAAACUAGUGAGGAUUUAUACCAAACCCAAAGGCCAGUUGCCUGAUUACACGUCCCCAGUGGUGCUGCCUUACUCCAGGACCACAGUGGAGGAUUUCUGCAUGAAGAUUCACAAAAAUCUUAUCAAAGAAUUUAAAUAUGCUUUGGUGUGGGGUCUCUCUGUGAAACACAAUCCUCAAAAAGUGGGUAAAGACCAUACAUUGGAGGACGAAGAUGUCAUUCAGAUUGUGAAGAAGUGAUGCCAUCCCCUUCCCCAUCUGCCGGGCCAACCCUAGCAGCUUUCUCCAUGAUCAAACACCUGACUCCAAGCCCCUCCUGGGUUUGACAGGCUCUGGAUCAGGAUACAGGGAGGGAGAUGGAAGCACCCAAAUUGGAACUUCACUUGUCUUAACUUGGUGUCACCUUAUGUGUUGAGCUGCAUAAAGGACCUGGUAGGCCAGCUGACUCUGUACA